ACAGGCUCACAAACAUGCCCAUGCCCACGGUGCAGCCAGCCAGAGGGGGACGGGGAAGGUGUGUCUGAAACCACCAAGAAGCCAUUAGGCAGCUGACACCGAUGCAUCUUGGCGCUCGCGUGUAACGAGCUCACCGAGCCCGGCUCUCUCCCGCUCCAACAGGGCUCAGCUGCAGGACUCGGGGGGCUUCUCUGCCCGGAGAGGAGGCGGUCAGCAGAGCCCCCACGGCCCCGUCUCUUCCCCUGGGCUCGGCUCGGGACUGGAGUGGCCAUGGAAACAGCGCUGAUCUUUCUGUGCUCUCUGCUGGUGCCUGUGGUCAUGGCGGACGCAGCCAAUCAAGAGAAGGAAAAAGAUCCUUUCAACUAUGAUUACCAGAGUUUGAGGAUCGGCGGUUUGGUGUUCGCCGUGGUCUUGUUCUCUGUUGGAAUUCUCCUUAUACUCAGCCGGAGGUGCAGAUGCAGCUUCAACCAAAAGCCCAGAGCCCCUGGGGAUGAGGAGGCUCAGGUGGAGAACUUGAUGGCCUCAAACGCCCCAUUAAUGUGCUUUCCCGGUGGUACACACGCCCAGACCAAGGCACCCGCUGGACGGCUCGCUUGGAAGAUGGCUGACGAGAUCGUCCCAGAGCAGGUGCCUGACAAGUUCACCUAUGAUUACGAGACCAUUCGGAAUGGGGGACUGAUCUUUGCCGUGGUGGCUUUCGUGUUCGGACUCCUCAUCAUUCUCAGUCGGCGGUUCCGCUGUGGAGCAAAGAAGAGAAGAAGACAAGGUGACGAUGACGAGCUGUAGCUGCAGAGCUGCCUGGACUGUCUGGAAAGAGGCUUCCUGCCCAGUGCCCUGCCUGGGGGGGAGUUCUCUCCAGGAGCCAAGCCCCUUGCACCGGAGACAUUAACCCUCUCAGCCCUGCACCUUUAUACACACCGUUUUCAUGGCUUUCCUUUGUAAAAUCAGUUCCGUGCUUUGCCUCAAUAAAGCUUCUUCUGAGAGAGGGUUAAA